AUGACCACGCCUGGCUCCAAAGUUAUCGGAUUCACCCCUGGGCAAAUAAUCGGCAACGGGCUUGAUAGGGCAUUCAAAUUUCCAAGACAAACAGAAAAAUUGGACGUGGAAAACGAACAGAAAGCCUUUAAGCAAACAAUCAACACAGAAUAUCGAGAAGGCUUUGGAAAUCCCGGACAAUUAGAAGAAAUGGAUCUGUACGAUGGCCAGAAAACUCCAGUUAUACACGAUGCACCGUCAACUCUUAGUGAUGCAUGGGCGGAUGACACUGAAAAGCGUCUGAAGGAGCGCAAGACCCGCCGAAAGCUCGAUGAAAGAGAUCAGAGUGCAGUCGAAUACAGUAAAUCACUUCUAGAUGAAGGCGAUACUUUAGUAUACGUCUCAUAUCCUGGAGGUAUUACUUUCUACGACUCCAACGGCUUUGUUCAACCAUACAAAAUCCAUCGAGUGAGCAGCGAAAAGCUAAAAGCUCUUGGCUCACCCAAAUUCUCUCGAAUGUUCGAAGAACGGCCACAAUACUGGGCAAGAAAGAGAAAAUCCCUCCUACAUCACCUGCCAGAAGGCGUCAAAUAUAUUCUUGACCUCACACCACCCGAGGAAGGUGAUGAGGCAGUUGAAUUAGUAUCUGAGUUAUCUUGCUCAGCAGGAAUCAGAAACUGGCAUUCAGCUGAGAAACGCUGUGGUGCCGAGAAAUGCCUGGUUGCUGGUGAUGACGAGGUCUCUGGACCUGCGAAUUUACCAGUCAAAGCCGCCAAACAAUUCCGAUUGAAACGUUCAGCAGACGGUCACGUUGACGCUGUCUUUGGCCCAUUGGAUUCAAUAUUAGAGUCGGCCUUUAACAACGAAUUCUGUCGUACAUCCUUGGGUCGCCUUAUUCCGAAACAGUCUGGGUCUAGCUUCCGUGAUGGAACCCCAGUCGAGAUGCAAAAAGCGAUGAAGACUGGCUCAACAAGUCAGGACCGUACCCAGGCGGCAUCAAAGAAGGAUGUUCUAGAUUAUUGUCCGAUCCGUCAUCGAUUUGGUGUUGAGAAUCUUCUUAGAAUCAUUCAAGGUAAAGUGCCCAAACUGGAUUCGGCACCAAAGGUAUGGACAUUGUUUGUCUUGGCUAAGUAUUAUGAAUGUCCAAGUGUUGUGAUUGACUACAUCACCUCAUGGAUUAUGACCGGAAGCAACAUCCAAUUCCUCGAAAUACUUCCUGAAGCCAGCUUGAAUAUUGGACUCGGCUUGAAAAUACCUAUGAUCACGAGAACUGCCUUUUCAAUCCUUGUGUCUGAAGAGGCGCUGAACGUGGCUUCAAGAACUUUGUGUAAAAACUAUGCUGAUAGGCGACGAUCAUAUCGGUAUAUUCGACCUCGAGAAGAGCUCGAUGAAGAUUUGUGGAACGUUAUUCAACAUGCAAGCCAGGACUUUUGCGAUCGCAUCCAGGAAACCAUUACUGAUUUGUUGGAUGAACGAAUGGCUUGGUUCUUGGAAUUGCCUGAAUACAGGAAAAUAUGCAAGUUUGAGGACUAUUGCUACAAAAAGAAAGAUCAAGGCAAGAAAGAAGAGGCGCUCUAUGAAAAAAGAAAAUCAGUUAUUCAGAAGCUGCUCAUCAACCUUCGUGGAUAUGUUCGGGGAAGAAUUGUGAUUUGUUUGAACCAAGGAUUAUCGCACCGGGACAUUGCUGUGGCGAAUCAUCAUCAACGCGAGCUACAAUGGGAAUUCCCGGAAACCGGAACACAAGAGGGCCCAGAUACAAAUUAUAUCUACGACGGUCUUGGUGAAUGUGAAAGAGUUAUGCUACCAUACUUUUGGCGUAGUCUUCAAGGUCUUGACUGGGAUGACGGUCCAAUGGAGAGUCCCGAGCUUGCUUCGUGUAGUCCGCAACUACUUCGUUCUGGAAAAAGUCUUGUUGACAGAGAUGGUAUCUGCAACACAAAUACCUACCACCUUGAUGUUUAUGUCAGGGACUUCAAUCAUGAGAUCAACCUCGUAGUCGAAACGGAAAAUUACCAUUCAUCCUCAUUCUCGAAUGUGGUACCUACGAUAUCUACGUUACCACCACUUAGAACUAAGAGCAUGGAUGAGGAGAAAACGAAUUAUGCAUUCAUGAGCGCAUAUAACCCAGAUCAUGCUUAUCAUCAAGCACGUCUAGCAGGAAUUAGAGCGUUGGAGCUUGAGCUCGCCGAAUUCGAUGGGCCAGCAAGUGAUGCAGCAUCGAUAUCCUCCGUCACGAGCGACACUUCGACUAAACCACUACUUGAUCUUCCGUUACGCCCAAAGAAAAAUAAAACAGCAGUUGAACCUGGAAAAAAUGAACAUGACUUCGACACCAAAUCAGGACUUUCUGCUCAAGCGAGUCAUAACCGAAAAGGCUCGGCUACGAAGCUCCUGGAUAGUUUCUGGGAGAAUUCGGGACACAAGCCUGGUGCUCGUGAUCAAGCAUACAAAGCCAAUCCAAUCACCAAGACUUCAUCCUCGGGUCUUGAAACCGACUCUCCUCUUUUAACAAAAGACAAUUUCUCGUUCGACACAUCAGAGCUAUUCUUAACCAACUCCUACACCAAUCCCAACGAGCCAGUCGAAUACAACCCUCACAAAUUUAAUCUCUCCACCUUUCUCGAUCAACUCAAUCAUUACGUAGAUGAUAUAUGUACUACGAUGCUUUCCAAACCCGAUGGGUCUGAAUUCACCAUGUUGACAGACACAUUACUAUGUCUGACAGACAACGAAUGGCAAUACCUACCAUUAUGGGCCGGCGGAAACGACGAUGGAAGUGGCGGUGUUACGAGCGCCGAUGUACCACCGGCUUAUUAUUCUAAUGUUGGCGGUCUUACACCGGGUGUACAGUAUAAAGGGGUAGCGGGUUUUGUGGGGGUGGUGGGGAGUUCGGUUAAUACUAGUUUGGAUGUGAGGGAUGGGAGUACGAGGUCGGUUACACUGGCUGGGAGUGAAUUUGGAGGUGAUGUUGGAAGUGAAGAGGGGAGCGAGGCGGGUGUAGCGAGUGGUAGUUAUGCGGGGAGUAUCUUUUCGGCGGACAGUUAUGAUAUGGCGGUGUUGACGCCCACGGGAAGUGGGAGUGAAAGCGAGUUUGAGAUUAUUAGCCAUGCGGAGGAUGAAGAGAGUGGUGAUGAUUUUACGAUUGCUGGGGAUAGUGUGAGUGAUAAGGAGAUAUCGGAUGUUGAAUUAGAUGGGGAUAGGGGGGAGGGUAAGGAGAAAGUGAAGGAUGAUGAGCAUGGAAUGGAUUGGACGGAUCAGGAAGAUCUAGAGGAUAAUUGGGAGGGAUCCUUUACAGAUGACUAG